CUAAUUAUUGAAAAAAUGCAGUGUUUGCUUGUAAUAAAUUUCCUAAUGUUAUCAGCCUAUGGACAAAUCAUUAAUAAGAAUGUGCAUCAGCAAGUGAUAUUUCAUUCUCAUAAUUUGCAAAUUAAAACAUAUUUAACUUUAUUUAAUACUCAAGAGGCAGCAAAUAGAACUGAAAAGUUUAUCUUUAUGGUCGAUCCCAAUAUGAGUGACUACAGGAUUUUCUUUAAAAGUUAUAAUACUAAUUUGCCUUUAAGCUACAGAAAAUUAGAUGAUUAUAAUAUUCCUGAUGUUGAUGCUUUUGAAGUAGAUCUGAAUCAAACAGCUACAUCUGAUCACAUAUACCAAAUUGACAUAAACACAUUUUAUUUUAAUCAAAUUAAAUCUGUUAAAAAAUUAAAUGACGACAAGCAUGUGGCCGUUUUCCACAAAAAUUUGCAUUAUUAUUCGCCUUAUAGCACCUUCAACUUCACCAAAAAAUUUAUAUAUAACAAUGUUUUUGGUGAUGUUGAAUAUUCUCAUCAACCAGAUGAAGAAACGAUGCUUCAUAUUAAAUACACAUCAUUAUUCGUCCCUGCAUUCAGUUACGAACUUGUAAGCAUUUCGUAUGUGACUGACGAGGUUUUCUUCGAAAUUGAAAAUUUAGAACGUACAAUUGAAGUGUCGCAUUUUGGCUUCAUCAUAAUUCAAGAUAAAAUCAGAUUGGCGAACAAAGGGAGUAAAAUGGUUGGGCACUUUUCUCCUUAUCAGGACUUGAGAUUGAAUUCUCUCAGGGCGGUAGUUCCCCGUUCAGCACGCAACUUCGUUUUCUUUGAUCACUUGGGGAAAAUUAAUACUUGGAAAAUUGAGAAAAAUGAGGAUCUUAAUUUUUUUAUCUAUAAAAUACGUACCCCACUGUAUGGUAAUUGGAAAAGUGAAUACACCAUAGGGUAUGAGUUGCCCACUGAAGAAUGUUUAUUCUACCAAAAAAAUUAUGAGUAUGAAAUAUCGAUUCCUAUCUUAGAUAGUGUAUUUGUUGGUAUAAAUAUUAGAAAAGCAAAAGUGAACAUAAUUAUUCCUGCAAUGAGCGAAAUUUUGUUUGUGAAAACUCCGGAUUAUUUUCGUUUUGACGGCGUUCAAAAUGAUUAUUCCAGAUUUCCCAUUACAGGAAGAACUUCGCUAUUAUUUAGCGGUACAAAUAUUUUAAAAGAAGAUAUUGCAAAUAUUACAGUAACUUAUAAAUUUAAUACGUUGUAUUUGCUAAAAGUGCCGAGUCUCCUUAUUACUCAAAUUUAUUUAGGUUUUUGUGGAGCAAUUUUCCUACUGAGAUUAAAUACUGACUUUAAUAAAUUGUAAUCUAUGAUAGAGAUACGUUAUAUUAAUUAAUGAUGUAGUGAUGUAUUCGUUGAAAGUUUUA